GAGACCAGGCAUUGGCUGGCCACACCCUCCCUCCACCUGGCCUCCCAGGAGGGAGGGCUAGGGGCACUUGCCCUUGACCAACUCUCCUUACCAAAGAUUUGGGCAUUAUUUUCUUUCUUCACCUUCUAAUCUUGGGAGUUCUGGCCAUGGUCUCUGCCUCCCAUGAGAUUCCUGCCCGCAUCUCCUAGGGCUCUGAGCCAUGGGACCAUGUGGAGUUAAAAGGGUGGGCACCACCCCCCAGAGGGACAUCUCUGAGCCAGGACCUUGAUAAAAUGAAGGGUGUGGGCUUAUUCUAAAGUUGUGAGGGUCCAGCACUCUUUUCUUGCCACCCCCUGUUCCCAUAGAUAGCUUAGACAUUCUGAGCUUCUAGGGGCAACAGAUCAUUGACCCAAGGGCCAAAGCCCCUGCUGGUCCCUGCAUUUCCAAGAUCUGAAGACCCGAGGGUUCCUCGAUAUUAAGAAGCCUAGGCCUGGGUUUCCUAUCUGCUUACCCACCUUUACCCCUCCCUGGGCAAUCCCAGCCAGUGACAAGAGGCAUCCAGAGGGUGGAGCUCUGAGUCACAGUAUAAAUUCCCAGUCUCACCACCCAGCUGGAGAACUGCCGUGAUGUUCCAGAAGCAGAUACCCGCCUGGAUCCCUCACUACCUGCCAGACCCAUGCCAAGCGGAAGAUGACAGACCCUCAGCUACCUGUGCCUUGGAGGAGGGGCUAUCUCCAUGCCACCUGCUAACAGUGAGGAUCAUCAGGAUGAAAAAUGUCCGACAGGCUGAUAGGGUGAGCCAGACAGACUGCUAUGUGAGCCUCUGGCUGCCUACCGCCUCUCAUGAGAAGCUGAGGACUAGGACCAUCUCCAACUGCCCAAACCCAGAAUGGAAUGAAAGCUUCAACUUCCAGAUCCAGAGGCAAGUGAAGAACGUGCUAGAGCUUAGCGUCUGCGAUGAAGACACAGUGACACCAGAUGACCAUCUUUUGACAGUUCUCUAUGACCUAGCCAAGCUCUGCUGCCGGAGGAAAACCCAUGUGAAGUUCCCACUUAACCCAGAGGGCAUGGAGGAGCUGGAAGUAGAGUUCCUGCUGGAGGAGAGUCCCUCUCCACCUGAGACCCUCAUCACCAAUGGCGUGCUGGUGGCUCGACAAGUCUCCUCCCUAGAGGUUCAUGCAGAAUCCAGAAGGCAGAGGAAGAGGGGGAAAAAGAGGGACUUCCUGGUGACAGUGACAGAGUCCUUCGAGCACACGCAACGCAUCUCGCAACACCUGGAGCCCGGCUGCCCAAAACCUGCCUGCUUUCACUACCCCAAGUACUUCCAGUCCCAGAUGCAUGUGGACCUGCCCAGGAGCCAAUGGAGCUGUGGGAACCACUUAUCCUUCCAGCUUUGCUGCUGUGGUGUGCACAAGAAGAUCAGCCCUGUCUGCCAGCCCCUCCAUUGCCUCUCGGACAGCCAGACGGUGACCCUGCCUGCGGGAGAGAACUGUGAAUUACACAUGAAGUCUACACCCUGCCCCAAGACACUGGAUGUGCGACUGGGCUACAGCCUGUGCCCGGAGGAACUGGAGUUUCUGCAGAAGCGAAAGGUGGUGGUGGCUGAAGCACUGAAGCAAGUGUUGCAGCUGGAGGAGGACCUGCAGAUGGAUGAGGUACCACUCAUAGCCAUCAUGUCUACUGGGGGUGGAACAAGAUCCAUGACUGCCAUGUAUGGGCACCUGCUGGGGCUGCAGAAGCUUAACCUCCUGAAUUGUGCCAGCUACAUCACUGGCCUGUCAGGGGCCACCUGGACCAUGGCUACUUUGUACCGUGACCCUGACUGGUCCUCCAAAAACCUGGAGUCUGCCAUCUUCGAGGCCCGGAGGCACGUGGUAAAGGACAAGAUGCCCGCCCUAUCCCCAGACCAGCUCUCCAGAUACCGGGAGGAGCUCCGGCAGCGCAGCAAGGAAGGCUACAAGGUCAACUUUACAGACUUCUGGGGCCUGCUGGUUGAGGCCUGUCUGGGGGAUGAGAGAAAUGAAUGCAAACUGUCAGAUCAGCGUGCUGCUUUGAGCCAAGGCCAGAACCCCCUUCCCAUCUACCUCACCAUCAAUGUCAAGGAUGAUGUAAGCAACCAGGAUUUCAGAGAGUGGUGUGAGUUUUCCCCCUACGAGGUAGGCAUGCAGAAGUAUGGGGCCUUCGUCCCCACCGAGCUCUUCGGCUCCGAGUUCUUCAUGGGGCGGCUGAUGAGGAGGAUCCCAGAGUCUCGGAUGUGCUACAUGCUUGGAUUGUGGAGCAGCAUCUUUUCCGUGAACCUGCUCGAUGUUUGGAAUUUUUGCAACACCUCAGAGGAGUUUUUCCACAGGUGGACGAGGGAGAGGGUGCAAGACAUCGAAGAUGAGCCUCUCCUUCCUGAAAUUCCCAAAUGUGAUGCCAACGUCCUGGACACUUCGGUGGUGGUCCCAGGGUCAUGGCUGUCCAAUACCUUCCGCCAGAUCCUCACCUAUCGGUCCUUUGUGUCUGAGUUCCACAACUUUCUCCUGGGGUUGCAGCUGCACACUGACUACCUCCAGAACGGCCAGUUCUCCAUGUGGAAAGACACUGUGCUUGACGGCUUCCCGAACCAGCUGACAGAGUCCGUGAACCACUUGAGUCUACUGGACACAGCAUUCUUCGUCAACUCCAGCUACCCACCCCUCCUCAGGCCCGAGAGAAAAGCCGACCUCAUCAUUCAUCUCAAUUAUUGUGCGGGGUCCCAGACAAAGCCUAUAAAACAAACCUGUGAGUACUGCACCGAGCAGAACAUCCCCUUCCCCAAAUAUGACCUGCAAGAGGAGGGGAAUCAUAAUCUCAAGGAAUGCUACCUGUUGAAAAACUCCCAGGAACCUGAUGCCCCCAUCGUGCUUUUCUUCCCACUCAUCAACGACACCUUCCAAAAGUACAAGGCUCCAGGUGUGGAACGAAGCCCCGAGGAGAUGGAGAAGGGACAAGUUAACAUUUAUGGCCCCAAAACUCCCUAUGCCACCAAGGAGCUGACGUACACGGAAGCUGCCUUUGACAAAAUGGUGAACCUCUGUGAGUACAACAUCCUGAAUAACAAGGACCAGCUCCUUCAGGCCUUGCGAAUGGCAGUGGAGAAGAAGAAACUCCUGAAGAGCCAGUGUUCCUCCUAAGUCCCGAGAAGCCGCAACACUCCUGUGUCUGUUUCUACGGUCUGAGCGGGGAACCCAUCAGGGCUGCCCCGUCUGCACAGCCAGCUCUGCUCUCUGGCAAGGGGUGCAGGCGGGCUGGCCUGGACUUUCUAUAAAAAAUAAAAAUUUCAAAUAGUUGAGGGAGACAGAGAGAGAGAGAGAGAGAGAACGAGAGAGAGAGAGAGAGAGAGAGAGAGAGAUACAUGAAAAUAACAAGGCAUGUAUUGGGAUUUUAAAGCCGCUGAUAUUGUUUUAAACUUUUCUCUGUAGGGUAAAGGGCCCAAUGGCCACGGGCUCCCACACAUGCCUAAAGUGUGGAGAAUAAAAUGGCCUGAGGAAGAGGCUGGUUCCCCACAAUCCUCAGACUUAGAGCUGGAGCUCAGAGCCCUCUCCUAUCUACUCCUCUCUGCCUCCCGUUGUGGAGGGCCUAGGGGAAGACACGAGAUGACCUGAGAAGCACUCUGGGUUCACUUUUUAAAAUUUAAGACAAUUAUAUUCUCAUAAUUUUUGUAGGCAAUUCUAUUUUGUGGUUUUUACUUUCACGAAUCAGGAAAUGAAUAGAGAUCAUGAUGCUAGAAUAUCUAGAUGGAGCACUAGAGACAUCCUGAUCUCUUCAACAACAAAGCCAAAUAGGUGACAGGAUUUCAGCAACCCCUCUCCAGCCACUCAGAGCCCUAGGACUGGUGAUCCCCAUGAUCCCUACCAGGCAGCCCCGUCUUAGCAUCCAGCUCCAAUGAAAUGCCAGGCAAAGCCCAAGUCUGCAGCUCAGGUUCAUUGAACAAGGAUCUGGAAUGCAGCUCAGGAAUGUCUGGUCAGGUAAAUGGUCAGGCAUUAGGUGAGUGUUGCUGCCCAGUGCCACCCACUCUAAGAGACCAACAUUUGCUGACAUACCUGCUCCAGGAGCUCUUCUCAAUUUUCUAUCAUCCUCCCCUCUGUUAUCCAGAUGGGAUUAUUUAUUUCUAAAUGGGAUUCCUCUUAUUUAUCAUGUAAACGCCAUGGCCAGCACUUCCCAGCUCUUGGAGAGUUCCCCUGAGGGCACAAAACUAGGAAGGAUCUACCCGGAAAGGACCUGGUUAGCCCUGAGAAUGAAACCCAAACUUGGAGAUGGUUUCAAGAUGGCUUUCACUGGGAAAGCCCUGGAACACAGAGAAGCCCAAUCAAAGUAUCCAGGUCUCCCAUCAGGCUGGGAACUUAACUGAAAAAUGUGUAACCUGAGCCACUGAGAUUCCCAGGCCAGUGGAAGGUAGGACCAGAAAGGCACGUGGUCUGCGUGAAGCCCAGCAGACUUGGAAGACAUGCCUUUCUUUCUGUGUUACCAUGUUCCUUAAGUGGUCCUUUGGUUGUUAGGAGACAAGUGGUGACAGGUACCAAAAGUUUAGAAGAAUCGACCUCCAAUUUACAUUCUUGCUACUCAAAGUGUGCUGGAGAACUAGUUAAAAAAUGCAGAAUCUCAGGCCCUACCCCAGCCACACUUAAUAAUAAUUUGCAUUUUAGAGAGAUUCCCACCUUCUCUCCAACGCCCAGAUGCUCACCCCCCAGGUGAUGCCUAUGCAUAUUAAAGUUAGAGAGGUAUAGAUUUAUGCCACACUUUCCCAUUGCCUGGAAAGCGUACUUUCCCUGAGCCAAUGAUAAACUCAGCUCCUGGACCUGCAAAACUAGUCCUCACCUAGAUAAUGCUAACCUGGCACACUACCCCUCCCUAAACCAGGGCAGCCAACGACCUCCACUUUGACAUCUUUUCCUUCUGUUUGCAACAAACAAGUUCUCCUUAUCAGAGUGAGCCAUGCGGCAAGACCUGUUUAUUGUAAGGUGAAGGCAGUCCUGCCCUGGAUUCAUCCAAAUAUGUAGAGUGAGGUUUCUGAAACCAUUGUAUUAUUUGAGCAAGGAAUAAAAUGGCCAUGUAGGUAAA